AUGACCUCGCAGCAGCCUCGGACACAAGACGGCCACCCAGUGCCUCGUGUCGCGCUCCGAUGUCGAAGGUGCCAGACCCGCGUCGCACGCCGGCUGCCUUGCGAGCCCGGCACCGUCUUCUCCUGGUCCGACAAUCCCCACCUCCAGGUGCAGAAGGCCAUCGACCACAGGCCCUUGCUACUCGUCGACUCCAGCAAGGAGGAGCACGUCCUCGAGUUCGCGAGCGUCGACCUCCGCGAUGACGAGUGCUUCCGCGCCUGGCGGUCCAGGUUCUUCUUCGAUCUGAUGGGAUCGAGGGACCUGCCCCAGCGCUGCCUCACCGACGAGGCCCCACUGGGCGCCGCGCUCCAGUUCCGCUGGCGCGAAAACCUCCACCUGGUCCGGGACGACUUUGCCUACCUCAUGGACGCGUCAGGCGAUGCCGCCUGGGACAUCAAGACACUGACCAUCGUCGACACGAGCGGCACCGCCCACAGCCUCGCCUUUGGCACCGGCACAGACAGCGGCUGCCGCGUCGAGAAGUGGCGCACGCAGACCAUUAACAACACCAUUAAGAGCUUCAGGAGGGUCUUUGGAACACCCCCUCCCGCCGGCGUCCUUCAAGAUGAGGUUUUUGAGAGCACGGUCGAUUCCUACGUCAGAGGCAGCCACGCCGGCCGCUUCCUGUCGCUGGACGAACACCUCGAGAACAUCCAGCGCCUCGUCGUGCCGAAGCUCGCCUCGUCUGGGCUGCGGCCCGAGAUAUCCGGCCCCAACUUCCCCGACUUCUUCCGCGGCGCGGUCGCGAGGUCCCCAAGGCUCCAGACGCUCAUGAGGCGGCUCCCAUGGGCGCGCCGCAUCGACCGCCCGUUCUCCCGCGACGCCAGGACGGGGUUCCUCCGCCGCCUCGUCGCAGAGUACGUCGCCACCUGCGAGCACGGCAAGAACUUCGCGCACCACGCCUACAACAUAUGGAGGCUCUACGGCGACGCCUUCCUGGACCACACGCUCCCCCGGUUCAGGAGGAGGCUCCUCGCGGACGCCGAGGCCAGCAAGCCGCUCGCUCGCUUCUUGAGGCCACAGGACCAGCGGUACCGGUACGGGGACACGGGCAAGCGCCAGGAGCCCGCUCCCGACACAGCGCCAAUGGCGGUCUAA